CUCGGUGUUGCAGCUGCUCUCUGGGCCUCAGUUUGCUUGAACUAAAUGUAACGCGGCCAACUUUGGUAAACUUUGGGAAUCCACCCAACCUAACUUUAGGGAGAGUAUGGAGCCAGGGAUGGCAUUGUGAAUCCGGAGGGCCGACACCAGAAGAACCUGCAACGUAGCAUCUGGGACCUUACUUCCCCCGGAAAAGCGCCAGCGGCGGCGCCCAGGCGCGCAGUGCAAUGUGGGCCAGUAAGAGGCGCGGCUGGCCCCGCCCCCUGGACCGCCCACGUGGCCAGCGCCACCUGCCUCAUUGUGCCUAGGACUUCUCCAAACUCGCGCUGCGGAGUGAGUGACCAAGUUCCGGCCAGGUCGACCUCGAGGAUCCAGAGGUGGAGACGGUACUACCUCCCAGCUCUGGUUUCCAUCCCCUUCAGGUCCUUCCUUGGGAGGCGGGGAAGGAGGUCCACCCUGCGCGUGAUCCUUUAUGCCCGGCCCCUGCCCCUCCCUCCGGGUGGAGCUUCCUCCUCACCGCCAGACUUAAGCUAAGGACCGUUGUUGGAUCUUUGGCAGGGUGCAGAACUGAGCCCAGGCCACACUACUGUGUUCACGCUCUGUGCUUGUGCCAAGGGGGCAAUGGCGGCUUCCUGUGUUCUCCUGCACACUGGGCAGAAGAUGCCUCUGAUUGGUCUGGGUACCUGGAAGAGUGAGCCUGGUCAGGUAAAAGCAGCUGUUAAGUAUGCCCUUAGUGUAGGCUACCGCCACAUUGAUUGUGCUGCUAUCUACGGCAAUGAGCCUGAGAUUGGGGAGGCCCUGAAGGAAGACGUGGGACCAGGCAAGGCGGUGCCUCGGGAGGAGCUGUUCGUGACAUCCAAACUGUGGAACACCAAGCACCACCCCGAGGAUGUGGAGCCUGCCCUCCGGAAGACUCUGGCUGACCUCCAGCUGGAGUAUCUGGACCUGUACCUGAUGCACUGGCCUUAUGCCUUUGAGCGGGGAGACAACCCCUUCCCGAAGAAUGCUGAUGGGACCAUAUGCUACGACUCCACCCACUAUAAGGAGACUUGGAAGGCUCUGGAGGCACUGGUGGCUAAGGGGCUGGUGCGGGCGCUGGGCCUGUCCAACUUCAAUAGUCGGCAGAUCGAUGACAUACUUAGUGUGGCCUCCGUGCGUCCAGCUGUCUUGCAGGUGGAAUGCCACCCAUACUUGGCUCAGAACGAGCUAAUUGCCCACUGCCAAGCACGUGGCCUGGAGGUAACUGCUUAUAGCCCUUUGGGCUCCUCUGAUCGUGCGUGGCGUGAUCCUGAUGAGCCUGUCCUGCUGGAGGAACCAGUAGUCCUGGCAUUGGCUGAAAAGUAUGGCCGAUCUCCAGCUCAGAUCUUGCUCAGGUGGCAGGUCCAGCGGAAAGUGAUCUGCAUCCCCAAAAGUAUCACUCCUUCUCGAAUCCUUCAGAACAUCAAGGUGUUUGACUUCACCUUUAGCCCAGAAGAGAUGAAGCAGCUAAAUGCCCUGAACAAAAAUUGGCGAUAUAUUGUGCCUAUGCUUAUGGUGGAUGGGAAGAGAGUCCCAAGGGAUGCAGGGCAUCCUCUGUACCCCUUUAAUGACCCAUACUGAGACCACAGCUUCUUGGCCUCCCUUCCAGCUCUCCAGCUAAUGAAGUCCUGCCACAGUGGAAAGAGGGAGUUAAUAAAGCCAUUGGAGCAUCCA